UUCCUCUUCGUCAGCCUCCUUCGCCAUAUUGGGUAACUGAAAAAAAAAGCCAGUUUUUUUUCCGCCUUACUAGAGUCAGUUUUGACGAGAGAUAGGUUGUAAACUGUUGUUGUUGUUGGCGUUUUUGUUGUGGUUCUGUGCUUUGCAGCCUUCUGAAGAAUUGCACGACACUGUUAAAUCGUGUAACCUUGCAAUUCUGCUGUUUGUGGGGCUUCGGACGAUUUGCAGCGAGAGGGGGUACGAAGGGAAAAAAAAUGUCAAACGUACGCAUUUCUAAUGGUAGCCCUUCGCUGGAGAGAAUGGCAGCUCAGCAAGCAGGGCACCCGAAACCUUCAGCCUGCAGAAACCUGUUCGGUCCCGUAAACCACGACGAGUUAAACCGAGACUUACAAAAGAAACAGAGGGAGAUUCGGGAGCAGGACAGGCGGAGGUGGAAUUACGACUUCGAGAGGGACAAGCCGCUGGAUGGGAAUUACAAAUGGGAAGCCGUGGAUUGCAAGGAUGUGCCUCAUUUUUACUGGCGUCCUCCCAGGGAGCAAGUGUCAUCGGCGGAUUGCAGUGUGGAUGUGAACGGGAACCAUGCGAUAGUUUAUGUAGGAACUCUGGCUCAGGGAAAUUCAGGGGACACACACUUAGCGAAUUCAGAGCAAAAGGACGUGGUUAAAGAGACAACUGAACAUUUCACAGACUCAAAAGAGCAGUGCUGUAGUCCCCGAAAACGAGCUGCGUCAGUCGAUGGCUUUCCAGACGCCAAAAGAAUCAACACAAAGACGGAGACAGACUGGUCAGCAAAUUCUCCCAGUAUGAGUGCAUUAGAGAAGACACCGAAAAAAUCGAUUUCGAGUGGACAUCAAACAUAAAACAAAAGUCACAAGAUAUGAAGAUCCUUUUUUCCUUGUUCAUCUAUGGCAGUGCUUGAUGAAGUGAGGACGAUCUCCUCAGAGACAGACAUAUCGUUAUCUCUCCCCGUGAGGAGAGCCCAGGCACUGAACUUGUGAACACUAAACCGCCUAUUUUAGAGUGGAUAUAGCGCUGUGCAAUUAGGUUCUUCCUUAUCACUUGGCUGAUUUUACUACCUGUGUAUAUAGUUUUUUUUGUAGCACAUAAACCAUUUUUGGUGGGGGGAAGGGGAGGAGGAGGGCAACUUAAAAUCCAGAAUUUAGAAAAUGUAUGACUUGAACAGUAGCAGUGUAAUUUUCCAAUGCAGUUUCUAAACUGCCAAGCUACAAUACCUGUGUAUUGUAUGUUUAAAAAAUAAAAAAAAUCUAAAAUGUACCUGUGUACAUAACUUUGUAAAGACACUGAGAAAUUAUACUAACUUAUUUAUGUUAAAAAGAAUUGUUUUUUUUGGAAUCUAGAAGAUAAUUUUCCGUUAAGCCAAAGUGGCGUUUUUCAUGUGCAUUUGUAAAUGCUUUAUGUAGAUUUUCCCUUCUGUUUUUGCCUGUCAUAAUAUAAGGCUAUGCUUGAAAGAGAGAGCAUCCUGAGCCAGACUUGUAUUCUGCCUUAAUAUUGGUUAUAUUUCUCAUUUUUGUUUUGUAACGUGUGAAGAGAUGCUGACUUUUGUCUAGCAUCCUGAAAUGAAAUAAAGAAAACCGUACAAUA